ACGCCGUGGAGGCUCUCCAGCCCUUAUGAUGCGAGCGUGACUUUGACCUGAGGGUCUUCUCUAAAUCUCUCUGUGCCCUUCCUUGGCUGAUCCGCCUGGCCCAAACAUGACCGAAGAAACGAAAGACCUGUCUCAGCCCCAUCUUCCUCGAGGGAUGACUUCCUUUCCAAAGCAAGCAGCGUGCCACCUAUAUCAUUUGCAGCCGGAAGCGGUACCGCAAUACUCGGACGCGCCUCGCGGAUGACGCAGGGAUCCGCAGCCUGGAGUCAGUCUUGCUACCCCUUCCAGCUCUCUGGUCCAGGCUUGACUCUCGCAACUCGUCAGAGGUACGUUAUGUUGCGAGCUUCGCCCGAUGCAUGUACAGUAGGCCAUUUCAGCAUGGGGAAUCCGAGCCAGUUCGAUGCCUUGCUGUUUGGCCGGACCUCUGGGCUAGAUGUUCUGGUCCCCGCCGCCAUGCAGAUCUAUCUGCAAGCGAGGAAGCAUGAGGACACACAAUGGGCUGGUUCAGGAAGGUAUGCAAAGAUCAGAAUUCAAAGCUUGAUAUUGCUUGACAUUGCUCGAGAUGCAGAAUCUCGGCCGUCGCCCAAUUGUCUGCUUGACAUCCGAUCAAGCUUCACCUCGGCAGCGGCGGCGGUACGCUUAUCUCUCCCUAGCUACUCUUCCCCCACAUCAUCCCGACAUCAUCCCUACAACCUUCCUCCUGCGACUUGGCCCCUAGCGGCAGCUUGCCACCUACCCUACGCCGUUGGCUACGCCUUCGCCGCAGCGUCGCGAUUCGAAAACGCGGCGGAUUCGCUCUCCGCUAUGAUUACAACUUCACUGCUUCCCCGGAAACUAUCCCUCGCCUCGCGCAAAGCCGGUAGAUCCUGUGGUCGAAGCUCUCUGCAUGAAAGGCUUUUUGGGGCCCCAACUUGCUCAUUCGCCGACGAUAUAUUACAUGCUGGCGGCAUGUGGCCACCUUCCCCUGCUGGACACUUUCUCCGUUGAAGAGGCGAGAUCCUAUCCAGGGAUGCCGUGGGAAAAUCCGCUCAUCCACAAUGCGACAUGCAUUUGAUUUGCCCAGAUCGGCGCAUGCGUUUCAACACCUGCUCAUUGUGAUUUGGCGACUAUCGGGG